AUGGCUCAAUCUUCACUAAACGGCGAGAAGCAACCUCCGACUAGUCGGGAGGAUGGCAAGUCCAACGUAGAAGACAUUGUCUAUCCCAGAGGUCUCAAGCUUGCCCUAUUGUUGAUGUCCAUUUUUGUUGGCAUGUUCCUAGUUUCUCUGGACCGCCUCAUUAUCUCUACCGCUAUUCCCCAGAUAACUAACGAAUUUAACUCAGCGGGGGAUAUUGGCUGGUAUGGCACAGCGUACUUGCUCACUAAUUGUGCCUUCCAGCUAGUUUUUGGAAAACUAUACACCCUCUUCAGAGUCAAACCCAUAUUUCUAACAUCCAUCCUUCUGUUCGAAGCGGGCUCGGCCCUCUGCGGUGCCGCACCAAACUCGGUCGCUUUCAUACUUGGCAGGGCAAUCUCCGGUCUAGGAGGGGGAGGUAUUCUCUCCGGCGUCAUUGUCGUCAUCGUCUACGCUGUUCCGCUGCAUAACCGCCCGAAGUACCAGGGCCUCUUUGGUGCAGUAUUUGCUAUCACUUCGGUGACCGGCCCACUGGUUGGCGGUGCCUUCACCACAAACGUCACUUGGAGAUGGUGCUUUUACAUCAACCUCCCCUUGGGAGGCGUGGUUACGGUACUCGUGUCCAUCUUGCUCCAAGUACCUGACCGUUCGCACAUUAGGAUGCCCCUGAAAGACAAGCUCUGGCAGCUCAAUAUGAUGGGCCUGGUUGCUCUCCUUCCAGGGGUUGUUUGCCUGUGUUUGGCCUUGCAAUUGGGUGGUACCACAUAUGCUUGGAGUGAGGGGCGUGUUGUAGCAUUGCUUAUACUUGCCUUUGUGCUUUUGAUUGCCUUUGCCCUGAUCCAGAUCUGGAAGCCAGAACAGGCCAUACUACCACCGCGUAUCUUCACCCAGCGCAGUAUCGCUUCCGGCUUCUGGGUGAGCUCCUGCCUCGGUGCACAUAUGAAUCUCUUCGUGUAUUACCUACCCUUAUGGUUUCAGGCCAUUAAAGGUGUCUCGGCCGUCGAUAGCGGCAUCCACCUGCUCCCCAUGCUAAUCCCCGUUGUUGUGGCAUCCGUAAUCACUGGCCAAUUAGUCUCCCGCAUUGGCUAUUACACACCCUUCAUGAUCUUCGGUGCAUGCCUCACAGCGAUUGGCACUGGAUUACUCACUACCCUCGGAAUUAGUACCUCGGAGGGCAAGUGGAUAGGAUUCCAGAUCAUAUACGGGUUCGGCAUCGGCUUCUGCUCCCAGACACCCAACAUGGCCGCACAGACGGUCCUACCGCACAAGGAUGUUGCCAUUGGCGCAUCUCUCAUGUUCUUUGGUCAGCAGCUCUUCGGCGCCGUUUUCGCCUCUGUUGGCCAGAAUGUGCUCUUGAACCAGUUAGCGUACCGUCUCGCUGGCAUCCCUAGCAUCAGCCCUCAGCUAAUACAGAGUACCGGCGCCACCGAGUUCUUUAAUCGCGUCCCAUUUGAGGACCAUGCCGUAGCUCAGGAGGCAUAUAACGACUCCCUACGCAAGUGCUUUCAGGUUGGUCUCAUUAUGGCUUGUCUUUCUGUGUUGGGUGCUUGUAGCAUGGAGUGGUGCAGUGUGAAAAAGAACCUUCCGCCUAAAGAAAGAGAUGGUCAACAGGCUUCUGAGGAAGGCAAGUGUGAAGGGAGCUUAAGAGGGAAUGAACCAUCGCAGGUUACACGCUCAGCAACAUUGACCACAGAGGAAACGGCAGAGAAAAAUACCAAGGGAACAACUGGGAGUGAGGAUGUGAAGGACAAGAUCGCCGCUUAA